AUGCCAGGCCUCAUCAACCAGAAUGGUCCUCAAUCCCAGCUCAAUGUCAAACCCAUGCACCCAACUUUUGGCGCCGAAGUUGAUGGUGUUGACUUUGCGAACCUGACUGAAGAUGGCUUCCAAGAGAUCCUCAAGUUAAUGGCAAAGUACGGCUUCCUCGUCUUCCGCAGCACAGGCCUCGACGACACUGCGCACGUCAACUUCUCCAAACGCUUCGGAGACCUCGACGACAUCCGCCCCUACAUGACCGGCGGCCGCAAACCACGCUACGACUACUUCGAGCUCUUCGACGCCGGCAACGUCGACUUUGAUGGCAAAGUGUUAGCCGUUGACAGCCCGAGACACCACUAUGGCCGUGGAAACGGGUUCUUCCACAUCGAUAGCUCGUUCAAUCCACGGCGGGCGAGUUAUUCGCUGCUUCGCGCUGCCAUCUUGCCGCCGCCGAAUACGGGCGGGAAUACUGAGUUUGCUGAUUCGAGGAGCGCGUUUGAGACGUUGCCGAAGGAGCUGAAGGAGAGGUUGAUCAAGGAGGAUUAUGUGGGCGUGCAGUCGCUGCAUCAUAGUCGGAAGCGCGGUUCUCCGGAGUAUUUUGCUGAUCUGAAGCCGGAGGAAUAUAAUAUGCAUCGGCAUAGGAUCGCGCAAGUUCAUGAGCCAAGCGGUAGGAUGAACAUGUAUCUCGGAAGCCACUGUCACCACAUCGAAGGGCUAUCGGAGCUGGAGAGUUGGCAGCUGAUCUGGACGUUGAUGGGCUGGGCGACAAGGCCGGAGAACACUGUCGGCGUUGAAUGGAAGAACCCUGGUGAUCUGAUCAUUUGCAACCGAGCGGUGAUGCAUAGAGCGGCUGGCGGAAGCUUCGAGGGGAAGCACGUGAGGGACCUGAGGAGAACGACUGUACAUGACGCUAGCAGCACCGCUUGGGGCCUGAACGAGAAGGCGGAUACCAGGCCUGGGUUCAACAGUAACGGCAAGGAGUCGAUAUCUUUGACCGACUAG